GAAAUGGCUUCAAUCUCUCUCUCAUUCUAUUCCGCCGGAAAUCUAGGCGAGCGAGUGAAAGGAGCGGCAGGCGAACCACCAGCCUAACCCCAAAUCCGGCGACGAUGGCUCCCAAGCGCAAGUCCCCGGCGGCGCCGGCGAUGUCGCCGAGGAAGACGCGGAGCAUGGCUGCGGGGAAGCGGGGCGUGGUGGCGCCGGCCAAGGAGGAGGAGGAAGAGGCUGUGGCGGUGCCGGUGCAAGCGGCGGCUGGGCUGAAAGGGAGGAAGAAGGGCAAGAAGGAGGAGGCGGCGGCGGCCGUGGUGGAGAAGGAGGAUGCAGAUGCGGUGCCGGUGCCGCCUGCGGCAGCGGCGGCCGGGCAGAAGGGGAAGAAGAAGGCUAAGAAGGAGGAGGAGGAGACAGUGGUGUCGCCUCCCGCGGCAGCCAAGCAGAAGGGGAGGAAGAAGGCCAAGAAGGAGGUCGCGGCGGCGGCGGAGGAGGAGGAGGAGGAGGAUGACGGUGCUGCCGUGGAAGACGGGAAGCGCGUCGUCGUCGAAGCUUGCACCCAGUGCCAGCAUUUUAAGAAAAGAGCUUUGAAGGUGAAGGAGGUUUUGGAAAGUGCUGUCCCUGGGGUUUCCGUCAUAAUCAACCCUGAAAAGCCACGCCGUGGGUGUCUUGAGAUACGCGAAGAAGGCGGUGAAGUCUUCAUAUCACUGCUGAACAUGCCUAGGCCCUUCACAGCGAUGAAGAAGCUCGACAUGGAUGAGGUCAUCCAGGACAUUGUCAAGAAGAUUUCCUAAAUCUGAUCAGGCAUUCAUUCAUUGGAGGCCCCCCUUUUACGAUGGAAAGCAUGAGCGUUCAGGGCUAAUUUUGUGUAGGAACUUGAUACCAGUGUCCGUAAAAUGUGGUAUCACUGGUCUGUUAAGUAUGCGUCUGUUGUAGCUGAGACAUGUCGAACUAAUCGGAGUGGCAAAUGGAUAUUAAUGCUCAGUCGUCCAUGUUCCAGAUGUGUGAUCUUGUAUGUGCUUUCUGUGCUGAUCAUGGCCUUGGUUGUUUCCUCA